AGGCACCAGAGGAGUCAGAGGAGGAGGAUACCUGGGCUGUCGGCAAAGCAGCAAAUACCGGCAGCCCCACAGAACAAGCUGAGGAGCUCUGAGGGAGUGUGUUGAAGAGCGCUAGACAUCUGCAAACACAGCCCACCGCACAGACCACAGCUAAACAAGAUUCUUCAUUACAACUGCCAUACAAGAGGAGAGAUUUUACUCUGACUUGUCCGCUGUCCACAUUGUUUACACAAUGAGCUGCAGCAGUGUUGCAGGUUCGGAAUUCUCUGAGGAAGAGCUGGAGCUCGGAGUGCUGGGGCAAGGUGAAGACGAGAGAAGUCCCAAGGCAUCAUUCCAAGACAGUGAGUGUUCAACUAGAAGCCCCGGUGACCCAGAGGAAGGCCAGGCCAAGAAGCGCAAUAGACCUGUCCGCUCAAAAGCUCGAAGAAUGGCUGCUAAUGUCCGUGAAAGAAAACGAAUUAUGGACUACAACCAGGCUUUCAAUGCCCUCCGUGUUGCUCUAAAUCAUGACCUCAGUGGCAAACGGCUAUCCAAGAUUGCCACACUACAGAGAGCCAUCAACCGCAUCUCUGCUCUCUCAGUAUUCCUGAGCUCUAAUCCUCCCAGCAAACCCUGCACCCACAGGGAGUGCAACAGGUCAUCUGUGGGGCCAGCAGCGUUGGGUGCAUCACGACUUGAGCAGACCAGGGUAACGGUUCCUCGUCUGGACCAUCAGAGCUAUGUUCCCUGGCAUGCAUCCAUCUCCCACCAGAUGCAGCCACAACAAGGGCCUCACAUGCAUAGGCUGUCCACUGAGCCGCAUGUCUACAUGGAUAACAACGUGUCAUCAUGUCCUCCAUCACCACACUACCCUUGUUAUCCCACUGAGGGACAGCUAUAUGCUUCACAUGGACAUUGCGGGAGCCCCCACGAUCAUCCACCCAGUCCUCUGCGAUACCCUCAAGUGGGUGAGGGGUUAGGGUACCAGCCAGGCAUGUGGGCCUCCUGUACUCAGGGAUACAUGGACACUUUUGUGGAGCCAUCUGCCACUCUGGGGCUUCCAUGGCAGGUGAGCUACCUGCAGGAGCCGGAGCACAGUCUCCCUCUGUGCUCUGAAAUACUGUAACAUCCACCACUGUGAGCCCUGAAGACUGAAGAACACCAGUAGACUUUUGAAUCAUCUCAGGGAGGAAACUGAUGUAAGGUUUCUGUGGUGUUACUAAAACUCAGUAUUACAGUAACACUGUUGUUGUAGAGCAGAGCCAUCUAAAGUUACCAAACAUAUAAAUAAAAGUGCAAUGACAAUAUAGACUACAGAAUGUCUUGUAUAUUGGAAAAUGUAUUUUGAUCCUGCAUUUCAAAAUGUUACAUUUAACGAAUGUUUAACUAUUUGCUGUAGAUAGAUUGCAGAAUUAUGUUCUCCUCAUUAAAGCCACCUUAACAUCUUACUGGCCUAAUGAAGAAGCUAAAUUACUGGAAAUUAUGUUGCAUCACUAAUGUAAGACCAUAAAAAGGAAUGAGUGGAUUAAUCAACAAAGAUGGGAUGGCUUACAUAUGUGCAAUGCUUUUACGGAAACGUCUGUACAAUACGCUAUCUAUCAAGUAAUAGAAAAUGCAUAGUAGGCAUAAUAAGAAAUGUGACAAAGAUUUGGUCGCAAGGAUGUGUUGGGUUUAUGUAUUUAUUGUCAGUAUUGUACACAAAAUUGUCUGUUUUUAAAGCUGUAAAGAGUUUGUACAUAAUUUUCAUUGUCUGAACUUGAAAAUUAAAUGUUACAAUUGUA